AUGGCAGCCAAACAGCUCGCCUCCUUCCCCUCACUACUAUUCCUAUUCUUCCUGGCCUUCACUGCCUUUCAAUCCACACAAGCCUCAUAUGACAAAGAGAAGAAGGCGGUAAUGUCCGCUGUUGAAGGUGUGGUCUACUGCCAGAGCUGCACCCACGUCGGGACGUCGUCCUUGAUCGAUGCCAAGCCCAUACGGAUGGCGAAGGUUGGCGUCACAUGCAAAGAUCACAAAGGUAAUUUGAGCUUCUACAAGGUGUUUGUGACUGACCCGAAUGGCUACUUCUACGCACCACUCCAUGGCUUCAAGAUCGAGCACUCCUACUUGGAUCAUCCGCUCCAAUCGUGCACUGUCCACCUUCUUUCAUCCCUCCAUCCUAGCUGCAAUGUCCCCUCCAAUGUCAAUUCCGGCAUGGUUGGGUCCCCACUUCGAUACGAACGGAAGAGAUUGUCUGGAAGGGAUUAUGAGGUGGUGUUGUAUGCAGCUGGGCCGUUGGCUUUCCACCCUUCUGAUUGCCCUGUGACGAUUCACAACUGA